AAAUGACUGAUACUCCUUUUCUAUUGUCUGAAAAGGUAAGCUUGGUAUUCGUUUUUCAAGAAAAGAUUAAAUAUCAAUGGCAUGCUAAAGUUAGUUACGAUCUGCCACUCUGACUUCAAGAAUUCCCAUUUGCUUAAUUAAUUAUUAAUGUAAGAAGGGUCUAACAUUUACUGUUAGUUGCAUUCGAGUUGUCAUCCAUAUUUUUAACAAGAAAUUUGUUACUUUGCUUUCGUCUAACCUGUCAUUAGUCACUAGGCUGAUAACUAAGUAUUAAUCUUUGCUAUUGUAUGUAAAUUUUGAACAGUAAAUGAUACUGUUGGAUUAUUCUCUCACCAUCAAUUUGCUUUAGCAAAAUUAAUAAUAAACUAUGAGCUUUAUUUUAGUAAUUAUUGAAGUUGAUAUGAUUAUCAUUGUGUUAUCAAUUCAUCUUUGUUAUCGUCUUUCUUAUGCUAGAAAUGUAGAGAGUUCCUUAUGCAUCUCUCUAUCUGUAGCAACAUUCAUCUAUUUUAAUUUACAAACUCGUUAAUUGAUGUAAACAUAAGGUUACAAGUUAUUCUAUCUACAAAAGAGUAUAAAGGCAUAGUCAUGUACUAUUUUAAGAAAACCAAAGUGUUAACUAUAUUUAGUUGUCGGUAAAUUAUUCGAGCCAUUCCUCUUCAAGUUCUCCCAUCCAUUCAUUCACUUCAUGCAUUCAUUUCAUACUCUAUUAUUAGUUACCUCUAAUGGUAUGCUGUUUUGCUUUUGAGAAUUUUUCCAUUUUUUAUGUGUUUUGUUAGGAACGAGAGAGAAAGAGGGAGAGAAGUAACUUAAUCAAACUCUCAAUGUGAAAUCUCUCUGUUGUAAAUCCAAGUUCAGUUUUUCUUACUAUUUGUCACACUUGUUCCUACCUGAAAUGGGUGGAACCCAUAAUGUUUUCUCGAAAGGGAAAAACAGAUUAAUACUAGAUUCUUUGUUCUUGCUUUUGGAAUGUGCCUUCACACCAAGCUGAAAUUUGCGUACUCAUGCCUCCUCCCCAAGAUAUUUGGAAGAAACUCUGUCAAAAUUGGUCUCAAUUUGAUCCACUCAUUCAAGAAGGCAUCUUAUGUGCUUAUGGGCUGCCUUUGCUCCAAAGGCGCAAAAGAUGAUACCGAUGCCACUUCUGAGAACAAAACACCAUCGAGGAAUUCUGCUGCAGCAAGUGCUAAGACAGCAACCGGUACAAAUGAUGGCAACUCAGCUGUGAUUGAUGGACAGCUGAAAGAAAAUGCAAGUAAAUUGCAAUUGGGUGAUGGAGAGAAGGCGAUCGUAGCUCUAGAUGUUAGGACCGGUAGUGGUAACAAUGCAGAACUGAAGGGGCUCUCAGGUGAGCAUGUAGCUGCUGGGUGGCCUGCUUGGCUCGCAAAUGUGGCACCAAAAGCAGUAGAAGGCUGGGUGCCUCGGCGAGCCGAUUCAUUUGAGAAAUUAGACAAGAUUGGACAGGGAACUUAUAGUAUUGUAUACAAAGCUCGGGAUCUUGAAACAGGAAACAUUGUUGCACUAAAAAAGGUGCGGUUUGUCAACAUGGACCCUGAGAGCGUGCGCUUUAUGGCUAGAGAAAUCAAAAUCCUUAGGACACUGGAUCAUCCAAAUGUCAUAAAGCUUCAAGGGAUUGUAACAUCUCGCGUAUCGCAAAGCCUGUAUCUUGUCUUCGAAUACAUGGAACAUGACCUUUCUGGUCUCAUUGCAACUCCUGGCCUCAAGCUCUCUGAGCCACAGAUAAAGUGCUUCGUUCAGCAGCUGCUUCAUGGCCUUGAUCAUUGCCACAAAAAUGGAGUUCUUCAUAGAGACAUCAAAGGCUCAAACCUUUUGAUUGAUAACAAUGGAGUGCUGAAAAUUGCCGACUUUGGACUGGCAAUAUCUUAUGAUCCCAAGAAUCCACAACCGCUGACAAGCCGUGUUGUGACAUUGUGGUACAGACCACCAGAACUUUUGCUCGGUGCAACAGAAUAUGGUGUGGCUGUUGAUAUGUGGAGCACAGGGUGCAUUGUGGCAGAACUCUUUGCUGGAAAACCAAUCAUGCCAGGAAGAACUGAGGUGGAGCAAAUUCACAAGAUUUUUAAGCUCUGUGGGUCACCCAUGGAUGAUUAUUGCAAGAAAUCAAAAGUGCCAGAGACAGCAAUGUUCAAGCCUCAGCAUCAGUAUAGGCGGUGUGUUGCUGAGACUUUCAAAGUUUUUCCUACUUCAGCUGUUGUUCUCAUAGACUCCUUGCUUUCAUUAGACCCAGAAGCUCGAGGAACAGCUGCCUCAGCUCUUCAAAGUGAUUUUUUCACAAAAGAGCCAUUUGCAUGCGACCCAUCAAGCCUGCCAAAACUUCCACCAAGCAAGGAGUAUGAUGUUAGACUGAGGCAAGAGGAAGCCAGGAGGCAAAAAACCGCAGCUCUUGCCGGACAAGGAGCUGAAUCUGUCAGGCCAGAAAAUGACAAUCGUGUAACGAAUCGUACUAUUAGUGGUGUUAAUGGUGAAUUGAAGCAACAAACACACACCAGCUCAAAGAGCAACAGCGAGGUGUUCAACCAAGAGGACAGUGUUCCAGGGUUUAGGGUGGAACCACGGGAACGUCCAACUGCGGUGCAGCUCCCUGGGUACAGUUCCACAUGGAACAACAUGGAGGGCGACAAUGACCAGCCAACAGUACCUGGCCGCGCUUGCUGCUCAGUGCGCGUCGCGAAUCCUUGUGGCAUAAGGAAGAAGGGGUCAUCACACUCGCUCAUACCACAGUUUGGUGCGACCGAUUUGAGGAGCACUGUUGAAGCUACUGAUCAUAACGACUCACCAGACAGGCAUGAUGAGAACAAGAACCCAGAAGUCAAGGACGGCAUGAACCAUGGGAGGAAGUACAGAAGGAUCCACCACUCAGGGCCAUUGAUGCCGCCAGGAGGGAACGUUGAGGACAUGCUCAAGGAGCACGAGAGGCAGAUCCAAGAAGCCGUUCGCAAGGCGCGUGUCAGCAAGCCAGGCAGGUAGCUUAAGUAGUUGGAAGGUGCCUUGGAAUUCUGAGAAGAUGGACCAGAGUUCAGAGGUUGCAACCUCCUAUCUUCUCCUGCAAUUUCAGGCUGCUGCAAAAGCCCAUACGUAGAGUUUUAGCUUGUAACAAUGUGUUAUCAGGUAGGAUAUAAUCACCAUGUAAGAUUGAAGAACAUGACUGGAUUUAUAGAAAUUUUCCCCUCAUAGCAGUACCUGAAAUUAAGAGUUUUUGUGAGGUUUUCAACA